CUCUCGCAUUUUGGAUUGAUUUGGGAAACCCAAGACGACUUGCACUCGUCUUUCCACCUAUCAUCUCGACCCAAGACAAGAGUGAGCGGCGAUCAUCGCCAUGUCAAGCAAUGGCAACGGCCUGGUUCCUCGAGAGGGAAGCGGUCCUCGGUUGAUAGAGGGUCCUCGAGCGGGACAGCGCAGUCUGUACCAGCAGCAAGUACUGGAUGAAGACACCUAUACCGACGCUCUAUCACAUAUCAUCACACGAGACUUUUUCCCGAACCUACCCCAUAUUCACGCUACGAAUGCGUACCUCCAAGCUCUGACCAAUAAUGACCCAGAACUCCUUUCUUCGUCUAUUCGACGACUCGCCGCUCUGGCCCAACAGAAAGAGGAAGGCGGUCGAGGCAGCUCGUCCCGUCAAGGUGGAGAAGCAGAUCGUAGAGCCGAGCUGGAGAACAUGGGAACACCUUAUAUGAACGUACCUGGUGGAAGGCGAGCUGCCCGGACGCCAGUAGGAGCUCGUGCAUGGGAUACGCCUAUCAUGCAAAAUGGGGAAGGCUCGACGAGGAGGAGACCAUCCGACAUGGACGAGUAUGACGAGCUUGAAGGGGACUAUGGAGAAGGACAAGCUGGACCCGGGCCUGAAACUCGAGCGAAAAAGAAGCGGAAACAGCCUGUCAAUCGCGUGAGGGAUGAUCUGCCCCUUGACGCUUUUCAGAUGAACUAUACCUCCGAAGAUAACGCAUCCUUCGUACAAAUCGUUGAUGAGGAGAAUGAGAGGAGACGAGAAGAACGUUGGGGCUGGGCAUGGGAAGCGGAGAAGAAGGCAGAGCAGAGAAGAUUGGAAGGAGAGACGAAACGGCAGAUGAUACUGGAUGCCGCGACCAGCGGGAACUGGAGGGUCAAUGCGGAUGGGCAGAGAUUGAUCGGAGGUCUGGCUGAGGGUGGCACGGAGAAGGACGUUGGCGAGGCGUGGAAAGACAGAAAAUUGAUCGGUGCUGCCCCCGCAGAGACUGAUAAGCAAGCGGACGAGGAAGAGCCUACCGCAGACUCCAGCGGAAAGGCCUUGGUCAAGCACAGCGAGGGAUCGUCUCAAGCCCUGGUCACUCGCUCGGAUGGUCAGGCGUCCCAGAGCUUGAAAACGGGUGUACAGGAACAAGCACUGGCGGAUGAUCAUCCACUCAAUCGAGCUUUGACAGAAGCUGGGUUACCAGCCACAGCCUUGGUGUCUGUUGAAGACGGAGCCAUCGUCCCUCAACGGGAGGUUACGAGCGGCGGAGGCGAAGGUCGAGGGCGAGGUGCGGAGGAUCGUAUCACCCGAGCACAGAUUGAAAGAUCUACCAUGGGUAAUGAGCAGUCUGAAGACUUGCCCCUGGCAGGCAGCGGAGUCGAUCAGUGGAAAUACAAGGCCAUGAACAACCUCAUGUUCUUGCCCGAUGCCAAUUCCAAGCCAUACCCACCAGCUAGGCCGAAGGCCAGCACGUCUACAUCCCGGCUUCCUCCAAAGGAAAUCAAGCAUUCCAAUACGAGGCUUCCCGACGGCGACGAUGAGGUCAGGCCAGCAGGGAGUCGAGCCAGCCGCAGCGAUCGUGGUAGUAGUCCAGCACGGUCCUGGGUCGACGCAGCGGUCAAAGGAACGCCUUAUCGACCAAGUGGCCGCGAUGAUGAUGCAAUGCCUAGCAUCGACAAUUACCCUUUGCUUCCUACGGAUCCUUCACCUUCACCUGCCGACUUGCCGUCUUUGCUGACGUGGGGAACUUUGCUGGCUACGCCGCGUGCUCUAGAUGGAAGUGAUGACCCGCUCGACUUCUCCGGCCCGACGUACACUCUACCCGAGACGAAGCGACGAGACGAGCUCGGUCGAAAGCUGGCUGACAAAGCGAGUCGAUCUAUGAACCAACGGGCCGCAGCGUACACACCGCGAGGAAAGAACGGCUCCACAUCGACUCUUCGCGCUCUAGCCGAUCGUACACAACGUUCUGUACGCGGUACACCAAGGAAUGGUCUGGGGGACAUGCUGCCUCCUUCUGCGACGCCCAGAAGACAGGCAGAGGCUUUGACACCGGCUGGAAAGAGGCUACUACAACGAAGUAUGGGUGUCAAGUCAAUGGGAACGUCUGCGAGGAAUCGAAGUGCUGCUAUGGAAAAGGGUUCAGGUUGGAGUAGCGGAGGUAGCGGCGGGCUGGGGGGACGGGAUGUCGGGAAAAUGAGCUGGACCCCAAGUCCAGGGAGGAGACAGCAAUAAUUUCAUACACCGUGAUGAACUUUUAACGAUGUAGGUGCUCACGCUGGGAGGCUCGUGAGAUCGCCAAGGAGCUUGUUGGGUCCUUCAAUGUGCUGUCCUACUGCUGUGACUUCUUCUCUUUCGCUUCUUGACCUUUCCUUCUCGUCUCACUGCGUACGUA